CAAAACAAUGCGCAUCGUGUGGGGACCAGCAACAGAGGCAAUAGAAUCGGAUAGCCCAGAUUAAUUCUACCCCAGAGGUUUCUUAGACACGCCUCUACAGGUUGCUGGGAUGUUCCGCGUGACCUGCGCAAACAGUGGAACCAUAAGUGAAGAACAAACGUAGCAACAACGAAAAUCAUCAACAAACUCGGCAAAUCGUCGAUCGGACGAGAUGACGACAGUUUGUAAGCUUGGGGUAGGUGGGGGGGUGCUGGUGCGGCGUGGGGUUAAGGCUCCACCGGACAGCGAUAUGUUCCAGGCGGCCACCUCGGGGGACCGUGACUGGCUCCGCUUCAGCUUGAAGCGGGCACUGUCCUCAACGCAGCUUGACAAACAGGGUCUGUCCGUGCUCCACGUAGCCUGCUUACACGGGCGUUUGGAGUGCAUGAAGUUGCUCUUGGAGUCCGAGUCGGCGGACGUGAACGCCAGCUGCCCACUGGGCCGCAGACCCAUCCACAUGGUCCUGACUUCCCGGAGUAGACCCCACUCCCACGCCUGCCUCACAACCCUGCUGCAGCACGGAGCCCUGACAAACGUGGCUACGGACACGGGGUUGACGCCCCUCCAUCUGGCGGCCGCCGAGGGCCUGCAGGGGUGCGUCGAGGCUCUGGUGCGCGCCGGGGCGGACACCGGCGCACGGGACAACAGAGGACACACCCCUCUGGACCUGGCACGCAUCUGGUGUCACAGAACCAUUGCCAGGUUUCUGAAGGCUUCUUUGUGGCAAAAAGAGAAGAAGACAGAGGUGGAGAGAUGCAGGGAACUGCAGAACCUCCAACAGCACCUGUUCAACAUGCACAAGAGGGCUGAGGGCGUGGAGAAGGUGGUGAGAGAGAAGCUGAUGAAAGACAGAGUCAAGGCAUGGGCCAAUAACAAAGGCCUCCCCCUCCUCUGGCCUGAACCUAGGGCAGGGUGGAACCAGGCUCUCGCCUUUGGCAUCUCCCCAGACCAGAGGCCUCACAGAACCAAGGUCCGCGUCAGGCAAGCCUGGAACAUCUCCCCUAACCCCCACAAGCCCCCGUUGGCCUCUGUCUACCGACCCCAGGAAGUGCGUCUGAGCUGCCUGCCAGAAACACCUCCGUCAGAGCCUGACCUGAGGCAGAGCGUCACCCUCUCCAGGGCCCGUGUGGACGGACGGCCCCAGUAUACUGCCAAGUGGGACGGCUCCCCCCAGCCACUCCCCAACCUGCCCUGGGACAAGCUUCAAAGGGGGCUGUUCCCUGCCUCCUUCCAAACGCGGAUAGCCUCACCCAGCCACUUCCAUCCCAGCCACAUGCUGGACCUGCCGCGCCUCAGCUGCUCCGCAGGACCCAACGCCUCGCCCUGGACCGAGGUGGCCAUGCACCUGGCUGAGGAGCUGGAGCCUGGUCACUACUGAGGAGACGGCGAGGAGGCAGGACCAGGUCAGGUCAGAUUUACAUUAUCCCUCCAGUGCUGGGUAUACGGUUGGGGACAACUUCCUCCUGGAGUAGUGACACAUCCACUUUCCUUUGUCUUAGGCCACCAGAGAGUACAGACUCGCCCGUCACCAAACACCACAGGGGCCAGUGGUCUUCAAGAACAUAUUGUACAACUAACAUAUCAGGAGUAAUAUUAAACGGUUUGGUCGUUUUUAGACAUCUGUAGAUUCAAUGUUUAAUGGUAAUGGCAUCUAGAGAUAGAGACCAUGAAAGAGAACUCACAUGGAUUCCCCAGCAAUGACAAAGCAAUCUCAGGAUAAUGGUUAGAUAUAGGUAUUGCAUAUGAAAUGGGCAUGUGUUAUGGAAUACAAGAGAAACGAGCAUUACCGUGUAACUCUUCUGUCUGGGCUUGUAAAAGCUUUAUAAAAAAACAACAUGCUCCUGUCCUCUGUAUGCUAAUCCCCAAGUAACACUGGCUACAUGAGUGGAACAGCCCCUCCGACCUCAACAUUCUCCAGCCACUUAGUUGCUGCUUCUUUUUCUCCUGCGUGAGGCUAUGAGAGGGGUGAGGCAGGUUGGGGGCGACACAUAGGUGACACCACAGUGCUCUGGGUCGCUUGUCACAAUCUGGGCCCGUCCUCUUGUUGACCUUCCCUCGGGGUCCAUACAGGGUCUCCAGGUGAAAGCUUGUCAGAAGAAGGUAGCUGGAGGAGGGCAGAUCUGUUGUUUUGUCCUCUUAGGCGCCCUAACACAACACAAUCACACUAUUCCCGUGAAGCACUUCACACCUGGUGAUGCUGUGUAACAACCCCUCCUCAACCUUUUGCUUCUUGUAACUGCUGCCAGACCCAGAACAAAAGGGAGAACUCCAGUAAAAGCACAAAACACUCAGUAAAACAGGGUUGGUUUAAGUUCAGUAGAAUUUUUUUUUUUUUUAUAGGACCCGAGAAAACAAAAUAAGAGCAUUCCUUUUUGUGUUCUGUUGAAGCAUUAAGCGAGUUAAUUGCUGCUGAACACUACAGUGUAUUGGUUUUCACCUGUGAAGUGACACGCCUUCGUCCAAUCACAUCAAAUAUUACACAACGCAUCUGCCUUGCAUCAAAUCACUGAUUGGGUCUUUAUGUUUUGAUAUUAAUCACUCAUGAUACCCUGAUUAAGGUAGUGUGUCUGUCAAAACGUUGCUAUUAAAUUCUUGCAUCGGGAA